AUGCCGAUGUCGAUUUCGAACUCUUUAGGAUCCCAUCGUGGGAACCUCAAAGGGUCUGCCGCGGGCAAUCGUCGGGCGGGGGCUCGUUGGUUUUCCUCGAAAGCCACCGCCAACGCGGCGAUUAGAAACGCCCCUCUGACCAAACUCAACGCGAUCCCGACAGGGUCCUUUUCCUCCCCCCUUUCUUCGACGCCCUCGACGCCUUCGAAGCGCCCGCGCAGCCCCAUCCCCACCCCUGCCGGGACUUUUCAAAGUCCGAAGUCCUUCCGGAUGGAGGUUCCUCCAGCACGAUCUCCCCUGCUCGACGUGAAUUCUUUAAAUCAUUUCACAGAGGGGCAUAGUGGUGGAGAGGUGGAUUCGAGUGGUCAACUUUUGAUCGCAGACCACCCUAGCGAGGGUCGGAGUGGGAUGAAUGGAAGUGGGGAGCUCGAGCGGGCGGGGUCGGUGCCUCGCCACGUCUCCCCCGACGCCGAGACCUUUCACGAGCUCGACAAGGAGAAUGUUUUAUCCUCUUCCGGCCCUUUACCCCAUCCCUGUCCCAAUUUUUCAUCUCCGACGAGUAUUCCGCCCCUUCGGGCGCGUUCAAUUCGCUUUUUCGAGCCCAUUCCAUCCCUGCCGGAGCGUAAAGCCCACCCUUUGGAGCUCAGUGAGAUUCUUGGGGUGCUUCCCGCGGGUACUUUCAACCAUCGCCGGACAACAACGGGGGAGGGGGUUCGAAAAGGCAGUGGCUCCCCCCCCCGGCGGCCUUCCGCCCGCGGGGAGUUUUCCGGAUUUUUCGACGAAAAAGGCCGGCUGAGUGAGGUCUCCGCGUACGAACCGACGGAAGGGGAGCCCGAGGUGGAUGAGGUUCGGUACUUACGCGAGCAAGCCGCCGGGGAGUCCGCGGAUGCGGAGGGAUUAGCGUUGGCUGAGCGGCGGCGGCAUCGACAGCGCGUACUCGCGUGCUCGCAGCGGUCUCGGGAUGCGCUGCUAAUGGGGGAUUCCACCACGGCGCCUAUUUCUUCUGCGUUUUCGUCUUUGGGCGGGGGAUUUCCUCGCGUUCGGGUUCCCAUUCGAGAAAGUUCCCUCGCGAUGGCGUUCCCGCUCAGCGGGUUGACGGGUGAGUCCGCGCUGCCGUUUCGCGAGUGGAGCCUCGCGCCCGCGGAGCUCCGAGAGGAACGUCAGCGCGAGGUGGAAAAGCAGCAGCGAAAGGCGAUUUAA